GUGUUUGAACGCUCACUCAUCCAAUCAGCCCAGCAUCCGUCGCUUCCAUCCCUCUCGCUUGCCGGUUUAUCGAAGAAUCCCGCUCGCGCUUUCGGGAACCAGGAAGUUUACGUAUACAGUGUUGACGUGGCCGAUUCCAGCAGAAUGUUGACGACAUUAUUCGUGGCUUUAGCCAUUUCGGCGGUCUUUGCCGGUGUGCCGAGUCCUGAAGAGUCAAAGAGGCUUAUGGACCACUUUUCUGAUGCGGAACAUUUCAAGAAUGAACACCAUAAUAAGCAGUUUGACCACGACGCAUUUUUGGGGGAAGAUCAGGCUAAAACCUUUGACCAACUGCCCCCUGAAGAGAGUAAAAGAAGAUUGGGGAUCAUAGUUGACAAGAUCGAUUCAGACAAGGAUGGGUUCGUCUCUCUAGUGGAACUGAAGGACUGGAUCCGGUACACGCAGAGGAGAUACAUUGACGAGGAUGUGGAGAGACACUGGAGGCAACACAACCCCAACAACGACGGCGAGAUCCCUUGGGAGACGUACAGAAAGAACGUGUAUGGCUUCAUGGACGACAUGGACCAGAGCGACAUGAACGAGCCCAACAGCGAGGGGUACACGUACGCCAACCUGCUCAAGAGGGACCGCCGCCGGUGGACACAAGCUGAUGGUGACCACAACGACGCGCUGAAUAGGACAGAGUUCGCGGGCUUCUUGCACCCGGAGGACCACUCGCACAUGCGCGAUAUUGUCGUGCUCGAGACAUUGGAGGACAUUGACAAGGACAAGGACGGCAAGGUGUCGAUGGAGGAGUACAUCGGCGACAUGUACAAGCCUGAAGAUGGCGAGGACGGCGACGAGCCCGACUGGGUCAAGCAGGAGCGGGAACAGUUCACUGGAUACAGAGAUACAGACAAAGACGGGUUCAUGGACGAGCACGAAGUAAAAGACUGGAUCGCCCCUCCGGAGUUCGACCACGCGGAGGCCGAGGCGCGCCACCUCGUGUUCGAGGCCGAUUCCGACGCCGACGAGAAACUAACCAAGGCUGAGAUCUUGGAUAAAUACGAUCUGUUUGUAGGCUCGCAGGCUACUGACUUCGGCGAGGCAUUAGCGAGACACGACGAGUUCUAGUUACACUUCAGACAACUAUUUCAACUACUUGAACGGGUUACGUAUCGCUUAACGUGGGUUCCGAUCGAUAGACAUAACAUGACAUGCAUGACAUGACAUGCAUGACAUGACAUGCAUGACAUGACAUGCAUAACAUGACAUGACCACGAUAUGACCAUGACAUGACCACGAUAUGAUUAUGACAUGAUCAUGACAUGACAGCAUCAUGCGUAUAUCCUCGAGGCGUUUAUCUACGUUGUUUAUCCGCUGCGUCUAUCAGUCGAUGCCCACGUUAGAGCGUCAUGUAAUGGAGACAGAACUAAAUAUUUGUAAACUUAACUCGUUGAAAGGACCAUCUUUAUUGGGAACUUGUGUCGGUUCAUAGUUUUAAGUUAAACCUGUAAAUAAAGUACAAGUUGCGUCGAGAGGUGAGUGACAUGUUAAAAAGGAAUGGCUCAGGAUUUCGUCCUUCGUUUUUCAAACAAUUGAAAAAAGAAUUAUUUUCUGAGUGACGAUAGAAACAUGAUGUUAAUGUUACAUGAAUUAAAAAUCUAAAGGUUGAAGUAACGAUUUAAUUUGACAUGUUACUCCACUAAAAAUAAAACAACUUCAAUAAAAUGAUAAAUUUAUUUUUGCUAAAUAGAGAGCAGCUUGCAAAUAAUUUUUCUCUAUUUUUAUUUUUUUCUAUGUUUUAUUAAAAAAGAACUCGCAAUAUUGAAAUCUCUUUUUAAUUAUUUUAUUAUUACCUGCCAUUUAAUUUUUAUAUUGGCAUAUAUACUUACGCGUUUGGAUUGAAAUUAAAAAAAUAUAUAUUUUUCUAGUGUUAUAGUUAUAGGCGUUUUAGUUUAUAACAAGUAAAGGCCAAAGUAAUUCUCAGUGAUUGAAAGAACUUUAGAUGUUAUACUGAUACUUACUAAUGUAAUAAUUUCUUUAUAAGUAUAAUGUUACUAACAAUCUUAUCUAUGUGAUAUCAUUUAUUUUCAGUAUGAUUUUAUGCAUUUAUAUUCAAUGUAUUAAUUCCAUAUACAGCUAUUUUAGACUUAAGUAAUAAUGAUUAUUGUUUAACAUGUUUUUGAAAGUACAGUUUUAGUUUUUAAUAUGCCUAAUCAUAAUGUAGGUAUUUGAUUUCUUACACAUUAACAGUCAAUAAAAUAUUUUUUAAUUAUA